UCUUAAACUUCCUUUUCCGCUGUGGACGUAGAUCAGUGACAGAAAAAUGCCGUCUGUAACGUUAAAAGACGUUGAUCAACACAAAUUCGUGAAGGCUUUCGCCCAAUUUCUUAAAAAAUCAGGAAAACUGAAAGUACCGGAAUGGGUUGAUUUAGUAAAAACAUCCCGUGCUAAAGAAUUAGCUCCUUACGAUCCCGAUUGGUUUUACAUUCGUUGUUCGGCUGUAAUUAGACAUAUUUACAUUAGAUCGCCAAUUGGUGUUGGAACGGUGACGAAAAUUUUCGGUACGCGUAAACGUAACGGUACGAUGCCCUCUCAUUUCUGUAGAUCAGCUGGAAGUAUCGCCCGUAAAGCUUUACAAAGUUUAGAAGCUUUGAAAUUGAUUGAGAAAUCUCCCGAUGGUGGUCGCAAAAUUACCAACCAGGGUAGACGUGACUUGGAUCGUAUUGCGGCUCAAGUUAAAGCAAAAGAAAGGAAAUUAUUGAAAGCUGGUGUAAUUGUAUUAAACUGAAAUGUUUUUUAUAUAAGAAAAUAAAUAAGGAUGUGAAAAAAAAU